UUUAUUUUUGUCGCAAUGGAUACUAAAUCGAAUGUUAUUCGCGUUGGAUCUAGGAAAAGUGAGCUGGCACUCAUUCAAACUAACUUUGUUAUAGACAGCUUAAAGAAGGUUUAUCCAGAUAAGGAGUUUUCAAUAGUUACUAUGACAACACUAGGCGACCGAAUCUUGAAUGUGUCGUUACCUAAAAUAGGAGAGAAAUCACUAUUUACGAAAGAUUUAGAAGACGCCCUGAGGAACAAUACAGUUGACUUUGUUGUACAUUCACUCAAAGAUUUGCCGACAUCACUGCCAGAGGGUCUUGCUAUUGGUGCUGUUUUUGAAAGGGAAGAUCCAAGAGACGCUUUAGUUCUUCGAGAAGACAUAAAAGACUGCACGCUUUCCACACUACCAGCUGGAUCUGUUAUUGGUACAUCGUCGCUACGUCGAACGGCACAAUUACGAGGUUCCUUUCCACAUCUAACAAUACAAGAUGUGAGAGGUAACCUAAACACUAGGCUGAGGAAACUCGACGCGCCGACGAAGGACUAUUCUGCGUUAUUACUUGCGAACGCUGGUUUGCAGAGAAUGGGUUGGGGUAACAGGGUUUCCAAGAUACUGCCGUGUGCAGAAAUGAUGUACGCGGUCGGUCAAGGAGCGUUAGCAGUCGAGUGUAGGUCAGAUAAUACAGAACUAUUGACUAUGUUGGCACCCUUCAACCAUCCUGAGACUUAUUGUCGAGUGUUAGCGGAGAGAAGCUUUCUUAAGACUUUGGGUGGCGGUUGUAGCGCACCAGUCGGUGUUUCAACAAGGCUAAAGCCCAUCGAAUCAAACUUUAAACUAACAAUAACAGGCGCAGUAUGGAGUUUAGACGGUGUCACCAAAGUGGAUCACACUCUAGAACUAACAUUCCCACAGAUAAAGAGAACUCAGAAACAUAAUCUGAGUCCUACUGAGGAAACAGCUAAUAAAAAAAUCAAAACAGAUGAAGAAAAAGUCAAUAAAACAUAUAAUCCCCUUGAAGAACUUGAUAAAAUGAUAGCAGAGAAAAAAGGUGACUUGAACUGUGAAGAUUUGGGAACCCAAGAAGAUUUGGCCAACUUAGAAACCCCAAGAAUCUUCUGUGGUUUAUCAGAAAACCUAAAUAUUCCAUUGGAUGUUAUAACCAAGUGUGAUGAUUUGGGUAAAGAUUUAGCGAAUAAUUUAAUAUCAAAAGGUGCUUUAGAUGUAAUGAAAGUCACUCAAGACCUAAUUAGAAGUUCCGUUGCAAAGUCUUGAUGACUGUGUAUUUGUUUAUUUAAUUGUACAUAUUUUGUUGUUGUUUUUAGUUGAUUGUUGUUAGGUACUUAUUGGGGAAUUGUUAAAUCAUAGGUUGUACUUAUUGUGGUGUAUUGUUAUUAUAUUAUAUUUUUAAUAAAUCGCUACAAUAUACGGGA